CUUUUUCCAAAUUAAAUCGGAUACGAAUAUUCCCUUAUAACCGGGGAUACUGUCCGGCUCAAAAACUAGUUUUCAUCUCCAUACAAAACCUUUUGAUUACAUCCGGCUCCAGCAGUAGUGAGCACUAAGCAGAACAGAACCCGGAAACAGAAACAGAAGAAGAAAAGAGGAGAGAGAAUGUCUUCAUCAGGCAGCGAUCCAAGGCUACCAUCGGCUGCCAAGCCAUUCAGCAGAGCUCCUCAAGAUAUUCCGCCUGAACUUCCCGUCGAUUACUCCGGCUUCAUCGCCGUCUUAUGCGCCGUCGUCGGUGCCAUGUUCAGGUAUAAGUUGGGAUCUUGGCUUGCUAUAGUCUUUUGUGCUCAGUCAUUAGUGAAUAUGAAGAAUAUGGAGAAUGAUCUUAAGCAGAUUUCUAUGGCUAUGAUGUUUGCUAUUAUGGGAUUGGUGACGAACUACAUGGGGCCACGACCACCAGUUUCAAAAACUUGAUAGUGUGCAUCAAUUUUUCUGCUUACAAUUAGUACCCUAAACUUCUAUAAAUGGUCUUGUAGCAUUACAAAUUGUCACACCCUCAUAAAAUUUGUAUUGUUUUGGCAGUCUGAAGGUGACACCCCUUGUUUUGCAUCAGAUUAUGAGCGAGUUUAACAGGAAUUGCCUGACUUCUCAAUCUUGAACCAAUUCUGAUCUCCUUUUCAAUUCUAUGCAAAUUGAUCGAUCAAAUUCCUAA